AUGGAACAGGGUCGCACACCUGAUUUUUAUCAAUUUUGGGAUGAGUUAAUGACUGAACGAUUAAAAUAUCACGGAAGGCAACUACGCUCAUCUUACAGAGAGGAGGGAACGUAUUCGGGCAAGCGUUCCAAUAGCACAUUAUGUUCCGAUCAAAUUUCUCGUAGAGGCAAAAAAGGAAAUUCGAAUGUCGGAAUCAUCAGCGACGAUGUUAUAGAAAUAACCAAAGCUGUAUACCAACAACAUACGGAUAAGAAUCAAGAAAUCCAAAAAGAAGGAUCUGAUUCAAUUUCUCUUGCAGAAGUUGAGGAGAACGAAGUCAUUGAAGUAGAUGCGAUAUCGAAGUUAAU